CUGAGAAGACCCGCUCUGCCUCAGCUCCCUCUCCGGUCUACCCUCCAAUGAAGUGCCUGAACAACCGGGCCGACAGCCACCUGACCGGCCAGGUGGAGCUGGACAGCGUGGCCAACGGAGCCUGGGUCAACCAGGGCUACUGCGGCUCUCCUCCACCGGCGCCCCGAGUGGUCAGCACCGUCUACAGCGCCCAGCCCCCCUUCCAGGGCUCCAUGGACCGCGUGUACAAGCUGGACGGUGGAACUGGACUCCCAGAGGAAGAGAAGCGACGAGGCUGCUGCUCCUUCAUCAAAGGCUUCUGGGGCACGACGCUGACUGAGAACACCUCCAACAACCGAGAACUGUUCGUCAGAACCACUCUACGCGAGCUACUGGUCUAUCUGGUGUUCCUGGUGGACAUUUGCCUCUUGACAUACGGGAUGACCAGCUCCAGCACCUAUUACUACACUAAAGCCAUGACGGACCUGUUUGUGAGCACAGGUGGUGACAGCGGGGUUAAGUUUCAGUCCAUUGGCACCAUGGCCGACUUCUGGAUUUACGCUCAGGGCCCGUUGCUGGACGGCCUCUAUUGGACCAAAUGGUACAACAACCGGUCCCUGGACCGAGGCGAACACUCCUUCAUCUACUACGAGAACAUGCUGCUGGGAGUGCCCAGAAUGAGGCAGAUCAAGAUCGUGAACAACUCCUGCACGGUGCACACGGACUUCGAGGAUGAGAUCACGGGAUGCUUCGAUGUGUACAACGACAAGAAGGAGGACGACCUGAGCUUCGGCCUCGUCAAUGGCACCGCAUGGACCUACCACACGGAGAAAGAAGUCAACGGUUCCUCUCACUGGGGCUUGCUGACCACCUACAGUGGAGCGGGGUACUACCGGGACCUGAGUCAGACCAAAGAGGAGAGCGCCGCCACUCUGGAGGAACUGGUGGAGAACCUGUGGCUGGACCGAGGAACCAGAGCCGCCUUCGUCGACUUUUCCACUUACAACGCAAACAUCAACAUGUUCUGCGUCAUCAGGUUGGUGGUUGAGUUCCCAGCGACUGGUGGAGCGAUCCCUUCCUACCAGAUAAGAACCGUCAAACUGAUUCGCUACAUCACCAACUGGGACUACUUCAUCCUCGCCUGCGAGUUGGUGUUCUGCUUGUUCAUCCUGUACUACGUGGUGGAGGAGAUCCUCGAGCUGCGGAUACACAAGUUCUCCUACUUCAAAAGCAUCUGGAACAUACUGGACAUCGUUGUCAUAAUGCUCGCCAUCGUUGCCAUUGUCUUCAACGUCUUCCGGACCGUCAAAGUGGACAACUUGCUCGGCAAACUGCUGGAACAACCUGGAAUCUACGCCGACUUUGAAUUCCUGGCAUUCUGGCAAACGCAGUACAACAACAUGAACGCGGUGAACCUAUUCUUUGCGUGGAUCAAGGUCUUCAAGUACAUCAGCUUUAACAAGACCAUGACUCAGCUGUCCUCCACACUGGGUCGAUGUGCUAAGGACAUCCUGGGCUUCGCUAUCAUGUUCUUCAUCGUGUUCUUCGCCUACGCGCAGCUUGGAUAUUUGCUCUUCGGGACAGAGGUGGAAUCUUUCAGCACCUUCGUCAAGUGCAUCUUCACUCAGUUCAGGAUUAUUCUGGGAGACUUCGAUUACGAUGCCAUCGACCGCGCCAACCGAGUCCUCGGGCCGGUCUACUUCGUGACCUACGUGUUCUUUGUGUUCUUUGUUCUCCUGAACAUGUUCCUGGCCAUCAUCAACGACACGUACUCUGAAGUGAAGCAGGAGCUCUCAGCCCAGAAAGACGAGCUGCAGAUCACCGACAUCAUCAAACAGAGCUACAUGAAGACGUUUAUGAAGAUGAAACUUAAAAAGGAGGAAAUAUCAAACGUUCAGAAGGCGCUGCAAUCUGGAUCUGGAGAACUUGAGUUCAAGGACUUCAGAGAAACCCUGAAAGAGAUGGGACACGCCGAACACGAGAUCUCUGCCGCCUUCUCCCGGUUCGACCGCGACGGAAACCGCAUUCUAGACGAAGACGAGCAGAGGAGGAUGAAGAGGGAGCUGGAGGAGAAGCGGGACGCUCUGAACACCGAACUCAACACUCUCGGGAUGCAUUAUGGGAAAGAUGUGCCGGAGACCCUUGCUGCUGCGGCUCACGCGCAGAACCUUUCCGGCCACGCGGCGGCGGGUCAGGGAGAGUUUCUCAGCCUGAGCAGACAGGUGCAGCAGCUGCAGCGCUCCACGGCGCGCCUCGCCGCCCAGAUGGACGCGCUGCUGGCCCGACUCGGCCUGCAGGAGGCCGGAGGGAAACUCACGAGCGCUGCUGCGGCAUCCGAUGGGAGCGUCCUGGUUUGUGUGGACCGAGGGUCGAGACCAGCGGGUUGCAACACGUCCGAUUGUCAGAUGUGAUUGGCCCCCGAGGAACAUCUGGAGGUCAGCUGAAGGUCAGCUGAAGGUCACGCGCAGACGAUGAUUUGUUUUUCACUAGGUUAAAAGUCUGGAUCCUUCAAACCAACAAUAACUCUUAAAUUACAGCUCAUGCCAUGGUAAUAUGUAAAUACUGUAUAAACAGAAGGCCUGCGCACUGGGCUCCUUGGAGACGUGUGGCGGCCGCGGUCAGCAGGUCCGUCACUCAGAGGGUCGGUGGUUCGAUCCCCGGCUAGUCGAUGUGUCCUUGAGCAAGACAACCUGCGCCCCGUGGUGUGAUCGUAAGCUCAGAUCCGUAGAGGCUGUAGAGACCUGGAUAUAAAUCUACAUAUUAGCGUGAGAUACAUUUAUUUCAAGGGUCGGUGGGAAGAGGUAGUUACGCAAUAUAAUCCAACAUGCUGUCUGCCACCUGGUCUCUGACGACGUGACGCUUGCUUUGCUUUCACGGUGAUGAGUUCUUACUGCAGUCGCUCUAAAGGCCGUGACUUGUGAUCAGGGUAGUGAGGCCUAGAACCAAAUAACUCCCUAGUUAUGCUCAUAUGCAGUCGUUUCAUCAUUAUUCACACCUUUGUCCAGCUGAGAAAAAACAAAUCCACUUCCAUGGAUUAUUAAACACUUGAUCCCAGUGGCCAGGACGUUAUAAACACUCAUUAUUCAGUUUUUUUAAAUGUCAAAUGUAUAGAAGCCUUCUCUCAUGAGUGUCUAACAUCACACGUCAGAAGCGGUUUCAUAAUCCUCCGAGUAGAUUUAACAAUGAAUGUAUGUGUUGAUGUAUUAAUAUCCAAUAAAUGUAGUGAACGAC